GAUUGACAUGUUCCCAGUUCAGAUUUGUAUUUUCAUACCAUGUGUGGCGCUUGAUCAGACGUAAAUCCAGCAAAAUGUGCACCAAUUAGUGUCCCCAGGUUCUAAAUUAUUACACGUAUAAGUAUAAUUCGUCUAAAAUGGAAAUGAGCCUCAGGCCUUGGAUUCACUUGAAAAAAACAGUUUGUUAUGGAGUUUCCGGAGGAUUUCAACCAGCUUGAGCUUCUCAAUUCCCAUGGACACCUGAUACCUCGUGGGGCCAGCAGCCUGUGGACGGGAAGCAAGGAUGAGGAUGACGAUGAAGAUAUUACAGAGGAGGUAGAGCACGAUGAGGAGUGGUACCUAGAAAAGGAGGAAAGACUCAAAGACAAGCCGAAGGAGUUCAUUCUGUGGGCAGCAGAAAACAAUCGCCUUUCAACACUCCAGCGAUUGCUAGCUGCGGAUUCUUCACUGGUGCACUGUUAUGAUGAGGAUGGUUACACCCCACUGCACCGUGCUGCCUACAGCGGCCAUGUUGACAUAGUUGCUGCUCUGCUGGCCGCCGGCUCUAGAAGCAACCCUCGCACCGUUGACGGCUGGACGCCUCUUCACAGCGCCUGCCGCUGGAGCCACGUCGCUGUGGCCAGUUUGCUGCUGCAGCGUGGGGCCGAACUGAAUGCCCAGACCAACGGCGGGCUCACGCCACUGCACCUGGCCGCCUCCCACACCAGCUCCUCAAAAACAGACUCAGCUCACACUCUAGAGUUGCUCCUGUGUCAGCGGCACCUGAAGCCAGGGCUCCGCAGCAGCAGCGGGGAGACGGCUGGUGAGGUGGCUCGGCGGAGUGGGCCACACCACUUCCUGUUUGAGAUGGUAGAAGACUGUGUCAAUGUGAUACCAAUGUCCUGAAUGAAACACUGGUGGAUGUUAGCUACAUUCAGCUUGCUACUAACUAACGUAUUUUACCAUGGUCACUUAAUUGUUGCCUUAUUGAUUGAUCCAUAAAGUGUAAGAUAUAUCUCAAGAAACACCGAAUUAUAAAAGACAUUACACAAAACGUUUCGCUUUACUUGUUUAUGUUUUGCUAAAUUUACUUGAACUUGUGUAUUUGUCUGUCGGUCCGUCUGUGUCCUACUCAGUGAAAACUCAGUGUCCUUGAAUGAAUGGCAUGUUUUUUAUACCUCUAUAUUUUGUGAAGGUCUUUGUGGUUGAAUCAAGUUGUACCAUACUGUAUACAGCAGGUCGCAGUCUAAUAUGCAUCCUUAUUUUUAUGUGUGUCAAUGGCACAAGAUAAAAGUGGUAGCUGCAGCGACAAAUGUUUAAUAUAUACUGAAUACACGUAUAGGUAUUUGUAUUAGCCAGCACUGGAAUUCAGUGUAUACUACACUAGAGCAGAGAGCAUCGUGUCUGUGUGUCACACCAAAUAGUUCUUCUUCAAAAAUGUAAUGGUUUCAGGUGCUAAAAGUCUAAAGUGUAUUCUGUUUUCAAAAAUGGUACCUUUUAGGUGAGACAAGAAAAUUAUUUCUUGGAUUGGUUUUCAUCUGCAACUAUCAGACUCAUUUUGUCCUUUGCUCAUAAUUUGGCUUAAAGCAUUUUAUCAUGAUGCAAAACGAAAGUCACUAUGAUGCCUUUAGUUAACAUACAAAACACAAGAAGCAUCUUAUUGUCAGAUUUUUGUGUUUGGAAUCUUCAAAGUGCAGAGCUUCAAUCAGAGUUUCAAAUUAAUUUAAAGUUUUUUUUUUAUCAUAACUUGGAUUCAGGUCAAUAUAAACAGGUUGUUAUGGCUUAUACCCCCUAUAGCGUCCACAAUCACACACACUAACUGCCCUUUUCUUUUGAGACACUCGACCUCCUGCUACUCAUCCACAGAUAUGGAGAACAGUGAUUCUUUUUUCUACAACAGGACUAUGAGUCUAACAAACACCACCCAUAUGAUGCUAGGAUCUUAAGCGUUACAUGAAGAGACGAUAGAUGCACUCAUGGAUGAACUUAACAGGAUUCUCCCUCUUCAUCAUGACUUUAAACCUGGAACUGUCACAUUUAUGACUUGUGAAAUUCCUUUCCAGGAUCCCCAGGCCAACGCCAAGAGAUUAGGGUCAUAAAGUUGGCAUGUGAACUAAUUAAGAAUGGAAAGACCUUUAUUCAAACCCAGAGUUCUGGUUCAGAUGCACCAUAACCAUCAUGAAAUUUAAUCAUGGUCAUGAAACCAACGCCAUUGUAUUCAAUGGACAAUACACUGUCAUUCGAUGCAAGAUUGGUUUGUUUACGAUGUUUAUUCACUUACUUGCAUAAUAGUAAAAUUAUUCCACAGAGACAGGAUUGAGUGACAUGAAGCCACAUUGACCUCCGUUGGUGGAAACAACAAAUGUCCUCAUGCAUGUUACCUCAAAGCGCUGAAAGGAGCAUCCCAAAUUCAAAAGUAAUUUUUAGAUAUUUAGAGGUUAAUAACAAAUACUCUUUCCUCUUGCCUAAAUUCCUCACACUCUUAGGUAUUAAGGUUCAUUCACCUGUUCAUUUAAAGUGUUCAUUUCGCUCCUCCCACACACACGUGUGUUUCGUGUUUGUUCUUCAUUACUUUAUUAUUUGUUUUUCUUUGCAUAUAUUGAUAUCCCAUAGUAUUAGCAUAAUAAAACUUCAGAUCUGGUUUUGUGUUCAUCGUUUCAACGUCAAAGGUCUGGUUUUAUCAUAAGAAAACUUGUUACUGUUGUUCAUCAAAAUUAGUAACUCAUUAAAUUGACAUCUGGCGUUUGACUAGAUUAAUAAAAGUGUAGUUUCAGCUUUAAAACAAAUUAUUAAUUUGAAUUCGCUCCACCCCUUUUUUGUAUAAAUCCUUAUAUGCAAAAACAUCAUGAUCUAAUCAUCAUAAAAUAGGUAACUGCACAAAUCAGGAGUGUUAGGUCGUCACACUGAGUACCCAUAUGCAGAAAAUGAAUGAACUGUAGAAGCAGAAGGUACCUGUAAACAUAACUUUAGGCAGAUUUUUGUUGCUUUAAUUAAUUUGCCGCUCAAGUCAGUGUCAUACAUUUAUUCAACGGCACGGCUGAAUCAGUGACACUGUUAUUGAUGCCAAGGCUGCUGCUAUUCUGACUCUUAUGCAACAAGUACUGUUUCAUCCCUUGUGAAGAUAUUUUAUUACUCAAAGGGAUUUUUCAGUGUCACAGAACCUGAACCAUACAAAUGUAAUAAACGUGUAGCCCAGUAUAAACAAAUAUCUCAUGCUGUGUGUUAUCACUAACAGCAUUCCUCAGGUUUAACCUUUUGACCUUGUUUUAUAGCUUUGUAGUUUUACCCUAUACUCUUUAGCUUUAGUUUGGGAACUUAAGAGGAGGAGCUUCAGAACUACACUCUGAUGCUGCUCUGGUUCUGUCUGUGCACUUCUCUUCUUGUAAAAAUAACAACCAGACCAAAGGCAUCGCCCCUGAUCUCCAUCUGACGGAUCCAACUAACUCAAAUCAUAAUGCACUGAAAGGGAAACUGGUGAGUCGUUGAAAAUUUUCCUUAUUAUAUCAAUAUAUAAUAUAUAUGCAAUAUAAGGGUGUUAGCUGGUGGACACUAUAAGGGCCCCGACCUCUCACAGAGACGUCUGUGACUAUAACGCUUCGUGCAGUACUGUAAAUCCUGCUUGAAGCCAGAGGGUCCCAUUGUAGAUAUCAAUAUGGAAACGGCAGUAUCAGUUGUCCUUCUGUGUGGACAAAGAAAUAUGCGUUCCUAGGAGGUGGUUCAUGGAACAUGAAACAAAGUGAUAACUUGGGCAAAAAAUAAAAAAAAAAUAACAAAAAUUGAAAAAAGUAAA